AUGGACAGCAUGCCGAGCAGCAAGAGGCUGCGUCUAGAUUCGUUUACCUACGCCCGGACUUCAUCGUUUGACUUGGAGGUAAAUCCGCCUCACGGCUCAGCAGUCACUUCAUGCUCGCCAUCAGAAGGCUCGGAAGCACACACCCCGCCCAUCCAAGCAGCGAAUCACCCCUUCGCAUCCACUGGAGGAUUUCCUCAAGCUCCAAAGGCGCCUUCACGCAAGGGGCGUCGCUGGAUCAACGAUAGCCGAGAAGUCAGCCCUCUUGCCUCUGGCUUCAGCCUCAACGAUGUCCAAAUGUCAGAUUCUGUCACGGCUCCGCUAUCUUUGUGCCCUUCGGCAAACAAACGAACACGCGCAAUGCUGCGAAGAGGCUUGGAUGAGGAAGAAGAUGCGCCCCAUGUGAAUAACAGGCAAUUGCGCAUGGCUCAGAGGUUAUCGAGCAGGCUUGCUGCCCUCAACGACCCUGCCAUCUCUGGUCCAGCCUCAACCGGUAGUCAUCCAGCCCUGGGCCUCAACGUAUCGCCCAUGCCUCUGGACGAGGGUUUUGCUCUGCAACCGUUUUUCGAUGAAAGCCUCGCGCGUCGCUCCCCUUCGCAUGAACCGGAAAAGGACCUCAACGAUGACGCUGCCAUGUCGGUCGACGAAGAGCCCAACAAUCUCGCAACGUCAUCUCGCGCUCCACCGACAAGUACGCCAUCAGGCAUCGCGAUGGGUCGUUCCAUAUCCGCCAAUGGACCUCCGAGGCUUGCAGGCUCGCCUGUCCACGGUCCGGUCACACAAAUGUAUGAUGGCCUUCCUCUGCUGCGCAUUGCAGCCUCGAGAACACCGCUCAGGACGAGGGCGCAACUGCGUGCCGCCGCGGCGACAGCAUCAGCAUCAGCAUCAGCAUCAGCAUCAGCAUCAGCAUCAGCAUCAGCAUCAGCAUCAGCAUCAGCGUCCACCUCGUCUUGUCAACGUCCUUCAGAGCAAGGCCGGAUAAGAGAAGCAUCCAUCGCUAGCCAACCUCUUCCCGACAGAUGCCAAUCUCCCGACCCGUUCACUUGCAGGCCGAGGAGCGCUUCUUCCAGCUCGUCUUGUACCAGUCCUAGACCGCAACAUCGGCGUCAGCGUAGUCGAAACAGCCCCGCCAGCGCCAGAUGCACCCCCUUUGGUGAUUACUUUGGCGACUGGAGCGGGAACAGCAACAGUGCUGGUGGAGGUCCCAUCUGCUGA